CUGAGCGGAUUUAUACACUACGAUACUUUUGUCUUAUCUAAGAAUGGGGUUGGACAUAUAUAACUCCAGAAAGUUAUGUUUGAAUUGUCAUCUUUAUUCAUCUACACUACUGUAUCUCAAUAGCUAUCAGACAGUUAGAAUCUACAAACACUUCUCUUUUGUGCUAGUCAAGAUGACCGGAUCACUAAACUGCACCCCCAUAUCACCCGAAUGCCCCGUCGAAGCAACCGUCUACGGCUACACCCCUUCGAAUGGGCUUCAACGCCUUCUUCCUCGCUUUUUUCGCCCUAGCAGCUAUCUUUCACAUAGCAACCGGUAUCCGCUACAAGAUCUAUUCAUUCAGCCUAGCCAUAACCAUCGGGUGUCUGGGAGAAGUAGUCGGAUAUCUUGGACGAAUUAUUUUACACGCUAAUCCGUGGUCAGAUAUCGGAUUUGAGAUCUAAAUCUCAUGUCUGAUUUUCUCUCCUAGUUUUAUGGUUGCCAGUGUAUAUAUUACCCUUCAAUAUAUUGUGCAGGCUUUUGGGAGUGAAAAAUCGAGGAUCCCCGCUAGGUCCUAUACCUGGGUGUUUACUUCUUUUGAUAUCCUUUCCUUGUUACUGCAGGUAAUUGGGGGAGGUAUAGCUGCUAGCGCUGGGGAUAAUCAUAGUACGAGGGAUUUGGGCACGAAUCCCAUGAUAGCUGGUAUCGUGUGGCAGGUAUUCACUCUAAUUGUUUUCGCUGCACUGGUUCUCGACUAUAUUAUUCGAACCAGAAGAUCAUGGGAUCGAGUUCCCGAAGACAAAAGAAUCAUGGCUGUUAGAAGACCUUUCAAACUAUUUUGCGUUGGAGUUACGGUCCCUUUUAUCACUAUCUUUGCGAGGUGUGUGUAUAGGAUUGCGGAGAUGGUAGGGAGUUGGGCUAAUCCUAUUAUGCGGGAGAAGCUGGAUUUAUUAUUAUGGACCGUUUGUGAGCUGUUUCCAUCUAUUCUGCUGUAAACUUGUGCGAAACUAAUGAGAGUAGUAUGAUUAUCAUUGCUGUAUCAUCGCUGGCCAUCUUUCAUCCUGGGUGGUGCUUUUCCCAACUUUUUAUAAAGGCUAAAGCCAAGGUGGAAAGCGUUGAAAAGACAAGGUUGGGAUCUGAGUCGGAGUCUGCAUGAAGGUGGGAUGUGGUAGGAUUGGAGUCAGCUGUGUGGCAGGGAUAUGAUUCGAAAUGCCCUCGCACGAGAAUCCCUCGAACAUCCACUCGAAACCCGCCGGCAUCUCGCUCUGCGAACAGUAAGGCACAUGCAGCGACAUGAUGGCGACGGUUUAAAGGGUAUUGAUGCAGUAUUAGAGUAAAUGUUCAAUGAUAUAGACUGCCGAAUGGAGACUGUAACUUUCUGACUGAAAACUACCGUUCAAACAGCCUUCAGUUUUACUCCUUUGCGAAGAGAAGAACUGCGAUGAAAAUUUGUAAUAUCUUUUCCCUAAACAUGAGACGGUAAGCCAGAUUUGAACGG